AUGGGGACACAGGUGGACCUCAUGUCACCUGUGUCACCUGUCCCCCAGAGCUGUACCUGGGCAGGGGGUACAGGUGGAUACAUCCCCAUGUCACCUGUGUCACCUGUGUCUCCUGUGUCACCUGUCCCCAGAGCUGGCUGUACCUGAAGGGCUCGUACCUGCGCUGCACACGGCACAUGGAGGUGGCCUUCAUGGUGUGCGCCAUCAACCCGUCCAUCGAUGGCCACACCGACAGCCUGGAGCUGCUGCAGCUGCAGCAGCGCCUGCUGUGGCUGCUCUACGACAUGGGGCACCUAGACAGGUACCCCAUGGCGCUGGGGAACCUGGCUGACCUGGAGGAGCUGGAGCCCACCCCCGGCAGACCCGACCCCCUCACCCUGUACCACCAGGGCAUCCACUCUGCCCGCACCUACUACAACAACGAGCACAUCUACCCCUACCUGUACCUGGCCGGCUUCCACUGCCGCAACAAGAACGUCAAGGAGGCCCUGGAGGCCUGGGCUGACACGGCCACCGUCAUCCAGGACUACAAUUACUGCCGUGAGGACGAGGAGAUCUACAAGGAAUUCUUUGACGUGGCCAACGACGUCAUCCCCAACCUGCUCAAGGAGGCGGCGGCCGAGCCCCCCCCGGGGGCUGAGGGGGCCCCCGGGGGUCUCCCAGCCCUGCAGGACCCCGAGUGCUUCGCUCACCUGCUGCGAUUCUACGACGGCAUCUGCAGGUGGGAGGAGGGGAGCCCCACCCCCGUCCUGCACGUGGGCUGGGCCACCUUCCUCGUCCAGUCCCUCGGCCGCUUCGAUGGCCAGGUGCGCCAGCAGGUGACCCUGCUCUCAGAGGACCCUGCCCCCCCCGAGGCGGAUUUGGGGGGCCCCGAGGACCCCCGCGAUUGCCGCCGCCGGGGCCCCCGCCGCGAAUCCAAACCCGAGGAGCCGCCCACCCCCAAAAAACGCCCCACCAUGGGGCUGAAGCCCUGGCAGAAGGCGCUGUUCCCGCUCCGCUCCGUGGCUGCCGUGGUGCGGCUCUUUGAGGCCGAGCUGCGGCAGCCCGAGCCCGACCUGGUGCUGCUCUCGCUGGUGCUGGGCUUUGUGGAACAUUUCCUGGCCGUCAACCGUGUCCUCCCCACCAACGUCCCCGGGCUCACCUUCGAGUCGCGGCCCGGGCCGGACCCCCAGACCCGCCUGUACUUCCCGGUGGCCGAGCUGUCCAUCGUGGCCGCGCUCUACGCCCGUUUCACGGCGCAGAUCCGGGGGGCCGUGGAUCUGUCCCUGUACCCCCGGCCCGACGGCUGCUCCUCCCGGGAGCUGGUCCGGAAAGUGUCCGAUGUCAUCUGGAACAGCCUCAGCCGCUCCUACUUCAAGGACAGGGCUCACAUCCAGUCCCUCUUCAGCUUCAUCACGGGUACGAAGCUGGACAGCUCAGGUGUGGCCUUUGCCGUGGUGGGGGCCUGCCAGGUGCUGGGGCUGCCGGACGUUCACCUGGCCCUGAGCGAGGACCACGCCUGGGUGGCCUUUGGGGCCGGGGGGUCCCAGACUGCCGAGGUCACCUGGCACGGGAAGGAUUUCCCGCGGAAGCGGAAGCGCAGCCGCUGGAACCAGGACUCGCUGGAGCAGAAGACCGUGAUCCCGGGGAUGCCCACGGUGAUCCCGCCCGGGCUGACGCGCGAGCAGGAGCGCGCCUACAUCGUGCAACUGCAGAUCGAAGACCNCCCGGGGCCGGUGCUGCGGUUCCGCUCGCAGAAGAUGAGGGGGAUGAAGGAGCUGCUGCGAGCGGCCAAGGUCAAUUCCAGCGCCAUCAAACUGCAGCUCACGGCACAAUCCCAGGUGCAGCCGCGCCGCCCCCGAGCCCCCCCCGGCGCUUACCCCCUGCCCUUCCUCAAGAGACCCCGCAAAGGUUCAUAGGGAUCCCCAAAAAAUCCCAAAAUCCCGGUGUUAGAGCUGCCCGGGGUGCAGCCGGCCUUUCUCAGUGGGCGUCCCAAACCUGUCAGGAACCCCAAAAAUCCCUGGGAGAUGCAGUGAGCCCUCCUGCCCUUCCUCAGGAGAUCCCAGGAAAGUUCACAGGGAUCCCCCGAAAAUCUCAAAGUCCCAGCUCGGACCUGCCCCAGUUGAAGCUACUCCAACCCUCUCUCAACAAACUCCAGAAAAAAUCUUCUGGGGCCUCCCCAAAACCACUAAGGGACCGCAAAAAUCCCAGGGAGACCCAGUGCCCAUCCUGCCCUUCCUCAGGAGAUCCUGGAAAACUUCAUAGGCAUCCCCCAAAAUCCCCAAAUUCCAGCCUGGACCUGCCCCAGGUGCAGCUUCCCCUUUCUCAACAGGUUCCAGACAAAAGAACUCUCCCCAAAAUGGGAGUGGGGGAAUUUGGGGUGGAAUAAAGGCUGGGGGGUACAAUGGGCUGGAAGAUUUGGGGGGGCUCAGGGGCUUUAGAAGGGGAUUUGGGGAGCAGGGGGGAGGCUCAGGCAGAGGAUUUUUGGGGAGGGGGCACAGCUCAAUUUUGGGGUGCUCAACACGAGGCCUUUGGGACCCUCAGAACGGACUUUGGAGGGUCCCGGAUUUUAGGAGUGAAUGGAAAGAACCCGGGGCGGAAUUCCAAGAGCCCGGAUGAGGGGGAAACGAUUAAAUAAUUAAUAAUAAAGUGUCGUUGGUUUCA